AUGAACAAGGGAGUAGAAUUCAAAUGUGUCCUGGUUGGUGACGGAGGUGUGGGUAAGACUACCUAUAUCAAAAGACACGAGACUGGAAACUUUGAGAAGACUUAUGUGCCUACCCGUGGUGCUGAAGUCCAUGUCCUCACAUUUAAUACUUCCUGUGGACCUAUUACUUUCAACUGCUGGGAUACCGCCGGUCAGGAGAAGUUCGGAGGACUCCGUGAUGGUUACUACGUGGGUGCGGAUUGCGCCAUUUUGAUGUUCGAUGUGACCUCUCGUUCCUCCUACGAGUCGGUCCCCAACUGGCACCGCGAUUUGGACCGCGUGUGCGGCAAGAUCCCCAUCGUGCUUGUGGGCAACAAGUGCGAUAUGAAGGAGCGUCGUGUGAAGGCCAAGAACAUUACCUAUCACCAGCGCAAGAACAUGCCUUAUUUCGAUAUUUCUGCAAAGAGCAAUUAUAACUUUGAGAAGCCUUUCCGCUGGCUGGCUCGCACCCUCGCGAAGGAUCCCAACCUUCAGUUCAUUGAGCAGAUCGCCAUCAAGCCCCCAGAAGUCCACUUCGACCCCGCUGUAUACCGCCAGGUUAAUGACCUGCCGCCAGAUGCUCCUCUGCCCAAUGAUGAUGAUGAUCUGUAAACGAGGUGUCUGUUU